UUUCAUGGCCACGUUCAAAGCCACUCAAAAUCAAAAAUCUCUCUCAAUGAAAAAAAGCUAAAAAAUAAUCAAUAAACCCAAUUCAAGAAGAAGAAGGAGAAAAGAAUGGCUUUUCUUCUACCAAACCUCUCUCCUUCUCUCCUCCUCAACUCCAAAUCCUCUUCUUCAAGAGAAAGAGAGAAACCCAUCAAUUGCCAAGCCCAAAACCAAACACUUUCUACUCAUUUUCAAUCAACAACAGCUAUUUCCACAACCAUAUCAUCAACUAAAACAAAACCCUCUAAUACUAACACCUCCCUUUCUCCUUCUCCACCCCAGGGUGCGCAGGUUAAGACCCCAUUAGGUUACCAGGACGAGCAGCAGCACCAAAGAGAUGACUUCUAUGUCAACCUUGGCCUAGCUGUACGUACACUCCGUGAGGAUUUACCUUUGUUGUUCACCAAGGACCUUAAUUAUGAUAUUUACAGGGAUGAUAUUACUUUUCUUGACCCUUUGAAUACAUUCGCUGGCAUUGAGAAGUACAAAUUAAUCUUUUGGGCAUUGAGAUUUCAUGGGAAGAUGUUGUUUAGAGAAAUUUCACUUGAGGUUUAUAGGAUUUGGCAGCCCUCGGAGAAUGUAAUAUUGAUUAGGUGGAACUUAAAGGGUGUGCCAAGGGUUCCAUGGGAGGCCAAGGGACAAUUUCAGGGCACGUCAAGGUAUAAAUUGGAUAGAAAUGGAAAAAUUUAUGAACAUAAAGUGGAUAAUUUGGCCUUUAAUUUCCCUCAGCCACUUAAACCAGCUGCUUCUGUAUUGGAUUUGGUGGCUGCUUGCCCAGCCAGUCCUAAUCCUACAUUUUUAUUUGGAAAUGUGGAGGUUUAUUCAUCGUCCUGGGUGGAGUUUUAUCGUGCGGUUAGAGAGACUUUGAAUCAAGAAGGUUGCCAAUUACUGCUGCAAGAUGGUUUUGUUACUUGCUCAUAGUUUGUGAAGUAUUUGAAACAUGAUGUACAUGAAGAAUUUUGAUUUAUCAAAUAUGUAUUAGUAAUGCAUUAUAAAAUGAACAGUAUAUCAAAGGAUUCCAACUAUUGAGUUUGCUGAAAGACAUAUGUACAUAGACAAAGAUGCUAAGACUCCAAUGCACUUUUGAUGUUAGUGGGGCAGAGAAGAAGCUCACACAUAUUUGGUAAGCUCAUAUAGGUUAGAUAUGUAUUUAUACUAAAUCUUCAGUUAUUACUUCAAUAAUAGGGCUCCUUCUUUUUUUCCAAA